CUGGGGAGACCGGCAACGGUCCGGCUGUGCCACCGGCGGCUGAGGGAUUCGGCCUCCGCUCUGCGGGCGCGGGAGGCGCGCGGCCUGGGAGGCGAUCCUCGCCUCGCAGACGUUGGGUCCACGAGUCAGCUGAGUAAACGCAACUAGAAGAGAAGCAAAGACCAAGUCGUCAUGGCAUCAGAGUCAACUCAUGGAAACCAUGAUAAACCUCGUCAUUUGCCACCACCAAGCCAGCAGAGCCUGUUGUUUUGUCCAAAGUCAAAACUGCACAUCCACAGAGGGGAGAUUUCAAAGAUUAUCAAAGAGUGUCAAGAAGAAAGUUUCUGGAAGAGAGCUCUGCCUUUUUCUCUUGUAAGCAUGCUUGUUACCCAAGGACUAGUCCAUCAAGGUUAUUUAGCAGCUAACCCAAGAUUUGGAUCUUUGCCUAAAGUUGCACUUGCUGGUGUCCUGGGGUAUGGCCUUGGAAAGGCGUCGUACAUAGGAGCGUGCCAGAGUAAAUUCCAUUCCCUUGACGAUCAGCUACGUGGGGCUGGUUUUGGUCCAGGGCAUAACAGGCACUGCCUGCUUACCUGUGAGGAGUGCAAAAUUAAGCACGGAUUGAGUGAGGAGCGAAGUUCACAGCCCUCAGCUUCCUAGACUCUGUAUCUGUGGCUUUUGAAGUUUCUUAAACCUCUGAAUAUGUA